AUCUCAAGGGUGCUGCUGGGGUGGACAAUGAACAACAGCACUGCGUGCCAUGAUGAUCACACCCUGGAUAAGUAUUUGUUUCCAUUUGUGUACAGCGUUGUGAUGAUGAUCAGUAUUCCCAUCAACUGCAUAUCCCUCUAUGCGUCUUGCAUUCAGGUGAGGAAAAAGAAUGAGUUAGCAGUCUACAUCUUUAGCCUGUCUCUGGCUGACCUUUUGUACUCCUUGAUUCUGCCUCUGUGGAUUGAUUAUGCCUGGCAUGGAGAUGACUGGAGGCUCUCUGCUUUGCUUUGUCAGAUUUUUGCCUUCCUUACGUAUAUGAAUUUCUACACCAGCACUGCGUUCCUUGCUUGCAUCUCUCUUGACAGGUACCUGGCAUUAGUUCACCCCUUGAAGCUCCAGUACUUGCGCACAAGAAGAUUUUCAUUGAUUGUCAGUAUAAUUGUCUGGCUUCUGGAAAGCAUCUUUAAUUCUGUCAUAUUGGUGAAUAAAGAAGUAUUCAAUGAUCCUUGCAAUUUCACUAAUCAUAAAUUAUGCUAUGAUAACUACCCCCUGGAAAGGUGGCAGGCGAACAUAAAUCUAUUCCGGAUAUGCUCAGGGUACUUGGUCCCUUUGAUAAUCAUUGUGUUUUGCUACCAUAAAAUCUACCAAGUAGUGAGGUGUAACCAAGCCACAGUAGAUGAAGAAAAGAAAAAAGUGAAAAAACUUAUUGUGAACAUCACAGUUAGUUUCAUUGUUUGCUUCACUCCUUAUCAUGUUGUACUGCUUAUCCGCAGCAUCAAAGAACCUUCCACCUCUGACCCACAUCUUUUGUUGCUGAUGUAUAAGGUUUACAGAGUCACACAAGCCUUAACAAGUUUGAAUUGCAUCGCAGAUCCCAUUCUGUACUGCUUUGUGAGUGAAACUGCACGGACAGAGAUAGUGAAUUUGCUCAGGUAUUGCUUGUGCCUACGAAAGCGUGGGGAAGACCAAGUGAAAGGACAUGCUCCGUGCAGUUCUGCUACAAAAAACACUGCACUGGUCACCUACAGAAGUUCCUGUGAAACCCAGACUGUCAAAAUUUCCUAAUGAGCACAUGCAAAUGAAAACUGGAUAACCUAAAAGGAAAAGAAAGAAAAAUUCUUCUCCUAGGAACUUGUGCAUCUAGUAAAUGCCCCAAAAGUCAGAGAUACCAGUCUAAGCAAAACCAGUAGC